AGGGAGGAAGAUGAGUCCAAAAAUGACAACAGAGCUGUUGAAACAACUGCGGCACGUGAUGAAGAAUCCCAGAUAUGUCCAGGAGCCUGUCCAAGCCUACAUAGUGCCAUCUGGAGAUGCCCACCAGAGUGAGUACAUUGCACCCUGUGAUUGCAGACGGGCGUUCAUCUCUGGAUUUGAUGGCUCUGCAGGUACUGCCAUAGUAACUGAACAGCACGCGGCCAUGUGGACCGACGGGCGCUACUUCCUGCAGGCUGCACAGCAGAUGGACACCAACUGGACGCUCAUGAAGAUGGGCCUGAAAGAUACACCGACUCAGGAGGAUUGGCUAGUGAGUGUGCUCCCAGAAGGCUCGAAGGUGGGAGUGGACCCUUUCAUUAUUCCCGCUGACCAGUGGAAGAGGAUGUCCAAAGCCUUGAGAAGUGCUGGCCACGACCUCGUGCCUGUUAAAGAAAACCUGAUUGAUACAAUCUGGACAGACUGUCCUCAGCGCCCCUGCAAGCCUCUCAUCACGCUCGACCUGAGUUACACAGGGGUCAGCUGGAGAGACAAAAUUGUAGCACUCCGUUCAAAAAUGGCUGAGAGGAAAGUUCUGUGGUUUGUGGUAACGGCCUUGGAUGAGGUAGCAUGGCUUUUCAACCUCCGAGGCUCUGAUGUUGAGUACAAUCCUGUGUUUUUUGCAUACGCCGUUAUAGGAAUGAACACAAUCAGGCUCUUCAUCGACGGUGAGCGGAUGAUGGACCCGGCUGUGAGGGAGCACUUGCAGCUCGACUCCACGCUGGAGCCCGAGUUUAAAAUCCAGGUGUUGCCCUAUGGAUCUAUCCUGUCAGAGCUGCAGGCUGUCGGUGCAAGCCUCUCACCCAAGGAGAAAGUGUGGCUCAGUGACAAAGCCAGCUAUGCUCUGACUGAGGCCAUUCCCAAGGCUUACCGAUACCUCACCCCAUAUACCCCCAUCUGCACUGCAAAAGCUGUGAAGAACACGUCGGAAACGGAAGGCAUGAGAAGAGCACAUAUUAAAGAUGCUGUUGCCCUGUGUGAGCUCUUUAACUGGCUGGAAAAAGAGGUUCCAAAGGGAACUGUAACAGAAAUAAUGGCUGCAGACAAAGCAGAGGAGUUUCGCAGCCAACAGAAAGACUUUGUUGAAUUGAGUUUUGCUACCAUAUCAAGCACGGGUCCAAACGGAGCCAUCAUUCACUACAAGCCAGUUCCUGAGACCAACAGAACGCUGUCUGUGAAUGAGAUCUACCUCCUGGACUCAGGAGCACAGUACAAAGAUGGUACAACAGAUGUGACUAGAACAAUGCAUUUUGGCACGCCAUCAGCCUAUGAAAAGGAGUGCUUCACCUAUGUCCUAAAGGGACAUAUAGCUGUGAGUGCAGCCAUCUUCCCGAAUGGAACCAAAGGUCACCUUCUAGAUUCCUUUGCCCGCUCUGCCUUGUGGGACUGUGGUUUGGAUUACCUGCACGGGACAGGACAUGGAGUUGGCUCUUUCCUGAACGUGCACGAGGGUCCCUGUGGCAUUAGCUACAAAACCUUUGCAGAUGAGCCCCUGGAGGCUGGCAUGAUCGUCUCCGACGAGCCUGGGUAUUAUGAAGAUGGGUCCUUUGGGAUCCGAAUAGAAAAUGUCGUCCUCGUGAUCCCUGCUGAAACCAAGUACAAUUUUAAAAACAGAGGGAGCCUGACUUUUGAACCCUUAACCCUGGUUCCAAUCCAGACGAAAAUGAUUGAUGUUAGUUUGCUGACACAAAAAGAGUGCAACUGGGUGAACAGCUACCACCAGAGGUGCAGGGAAGUAAUUGGAGCGGAACUGGAGAGGCAAGGCCGGCACGAAGCUCUGCGGUGGCUGCUCAGGGAGACAGAGCCUCUCGUCAGAGUUCAGUAG